AUGGCUCGUCGAGUUCAGAAUCGUCCUUCUCCGCCCCGACAGGCGGUGCCGCAGGCUCGACGCCGUUUGCUUACCGAGAAAGGAAGAACCCACGAGGUUUUUGUGCUGCCAGAGUCCCUCUUGGCUGGCGUGGCCACUCGCGGACGUAGACCAGCUCGUGCCCGAGGAGACCGUCGUGAACAUGUGGGAGACCGUAGCGAUCUUGGACGUGCUGGGUCCUCUCCAGAACUACACCAUGUCCAUGAUCGCGAGGCGACCACAGCUCGAAUACUACAACUGGCCAGGUUAUCAAUCGUGUUAACAUUUCUGAGCUUACUUUGUGAGCAGAGCAACGUUUGGUUGAAGCAUCGACGUCUCUUUUUUGUAUCGCUCCACAUGCAGUUCUCCUCCACGAAUAUACGACGCGUGUUAUUGCAGGUCAAAAAGAUUACUUUAUCGGACCAAAUCGAACAACUCCGUCGUAUGAAGCAGAAGCAGAAGCGUUGGUAUAUCCCUUCUCCCUUCUCAGUGAAGCUUUCUUACGACAAACUCAUCCAUCAAUUGAAGAGACCUAUUACCGAGUAUCUCGUCGGCUGGAGCUGGGUGUGUGAGGUGGCAAAGCGGCUCUCAGAGCCGCUACGUCUGGCAAUGGUCGUGCCUCGCGCCCAGGGACGAGAUGUGACCGAAGACUGCACCCAGAUUGUUGAAGCUUUUGUCAACGACCAGGAAAUGUGGGCUAGAAACAAUCUAUGGUUCAUGGAAGACGGAAAGGAACUGCUCGUCGUAUUGAAGACGCAACUCAAACUCAAGGAGCGAAACUUGGUCAAAGGAUGGAGUGAGGACUUCGUGGAGCAAGAUGGCGACAAGUCGGAAGACGAGGAGCUCACUGAGGAGGUGGACCAUCAAGGAGAGGUCGAGGAGCCAGAGGAGAUGAAGAGAGGUGACCACGUCUCAAAUGACGAGCACGUUUCGGAUGCCUCCGAAACUUAU